AUGAGGGCAUCGGGUAGUAAAAUACAACAGAUAGCUUCCUCAGUGAGACCUAGAACGAGUGCGAUUCAGUCAACCCCAUAUUCAUGGAUCAACAACUCGACACCAAGCUCAUCAACAGGUACCCUAGCAGGCAAAUCGAUAGCAAUAAAAGACAACAUCUCCUAUACACCCGCUCCUACAUCAUGCUCUUCUUCCAUCCUGCAAGAGUAUAAUCCACCUUAUAACGCAACAUGCGUCGAAUCACUCGUAUCUGCCGGUGCACAUGUAGUGGGGCAAACCAAGAUGGAUGAGUUUGGGAUGGGAUCGCUUACCACUCACUUACCACCAUUCUACUCACUUGUACAUAAUCCCGCUUCACCGUCACCUGAUGAACCACCAAGAUCCGCAGGGGGUAGUUCUGGUGGCUCAGCUGCUGCUGUAGCUGAAGAGAGCUGUUGGGCAGCGUUAGGUACUGAUACCGGUGGUUCAGUGAGAUUACCCGCGAGUUACUGUGGAGUAGUGGGCCUGAAACCCUCUUAUGGAAUGAUAUCAAGGCGAGGUAUCAUAGCUUAUGCGGAUUCAUUGGAUUGCGUGGGUAUUUUAGCUAAAGAAGUAGAUGAUGUAGAACAGGUAUUCGAUGUGAUAUCUCAACCUGAUGGAGGUGACAUGACAUGCUCUUCUUCAUCAUCCCGAUCAAUCGCUUCGAAGAUACUACAAAGACACUUUCCAAAGAAUGGAAUUCGGGGAUUACGAAUUGGACUUCCUCAAGAGAUCUCUAUAUCUUGUCCUCCAUCUCUAAUUAAAUAUCUGAAAUCUCAAGGAGCUGAGAUCGUGGAGGUUUCAUUACCUGCACUGAGCAAAGCUUUACCUGCGUAUUACGUUUUAGCAUCUGCCGAAGCAUCUUCGAAUCUCGGUAGAUUCGGUGGAGGAUGGUACGGUUCUUCCGUGGAACGUGAAAAGGCCAACAAGGAUGAAAGUGGUGAAGAAAGAAGAAAGAGAAUACGGACUGAAGGUUUUGGUAAAGAAGUCAAGAAAAGAAUAUUAGCUGGUACUUGGGCUUUGAGCGCUGAUGAGUUCAACAAUACAUACCUCAAAGCAUUACAUCUUCGUCAUCUCCUACGAGGAAAUUACCAAUCCCUGUUCCGAAUACCGCAUCCUCUAUCCCCCACUCGAUCGAUAACGGUAGAUCAGGGAGGUAUCGAUAUGCUUCUACAUCCAACAGCGAUUCGCACUGCUCCCGUACUUAAGUCAAGACAGGAUAAAGGAUCAGAUGAGUACAAUCAAGACUUAUUGACUGUUCCUGCUAGUUUAGCUGGACUACCUGCCAUGUCUGUUCCAUCUGGAAAAGGUAAAGAUGGAUGGCCUAUAGGUGUCAGUUUAACAAGUCAAUGGGGUAUGGAAGGGUUAGUGUUCAAGCUAGGAAAAGUGGUUGAAGGGUGGUCAAGAGGCCAGCCAACAGGAUAG